AUGAUGGAUCGUAAUGACAGUCCCGCACCAGACUCGGGACUUGAUAUUGGCAGCGCGCCGACUAGGUCCAGGUCCAACACGAAUAACGAUCAAGAGAUGCGGGAACUAUUCAACAGGAAUAGUCACCGCGCAUUACAGGAUGUAGCUAAGGAGCUUCAUGGAAACGAGCGCGGCCCUAGUAGUGAGCGCAGUCGGCAGCUCUUUGCCAUGCUGUGGAUCAAAUCAGCAUGCCGAAAAGGCAAGACUUCUGUGCCGCGUAGUCGUGUGUACGCUAGUUACGUCAAGCGGUGCGCCCAUGAAAAGAUUGCUGUCCUGAACCCGGCCAGCUUUGGAAAGCUUGUCAGAGUGCUGUAUCCCGGCCUCAGGACGCGUCGACUGGGUGUACGUGGCGAGUCCAAGUAUCACUAUGUCGAUUUUGAGUUGAUCGAUGUGGACCCUCCGGCCCCCGCCGGUUUGGAGCAUCCAGUAGCCCCUUCUCCUACAGAAAAAGGACCUGCCACAGACACCAGGGAUGUCACGCCCCGUGGCCACGAGCGGCGAAAUAUUCGGCAUGCCAUCUACAAUCAUCCCUCAGUUGCCAGUGUGGCAGAGCUGGGCGUGACCGGCAGUAGGACAUCAAAGAAGCUUCAUCUACAACCCGAUGAUGCGUCUGCUUCAACACGCCUGGUCCUUCCGCCGAUCGAGCCUUAUCUGCCUUCAGGCACCGACCCUGACGCUGCGAAGUCGCUUGAGGCCCUCUACUUGUCGCAUUGUACUUCUUUGAUCGAGUGCAUACGGUUCUGCAAAGAGAAGAACUUCUUUCAUCUCUUCACCGCUUUUCAUGGCACCCUUACAGUACCGGUCCAGAAGUUGCUGGUCAAUCCGGCCCUCGAGGCGUGGAUCGAGCAAUGUGACCUCCGGAUGUACCAGAACAUGAUGCAUAUAGUCGCUGUGGUGGCUCUGCAAGUCAUCCCCCCCUUUGGACUUCAGAGUUUGCGCAAUAUUUCCGAAAGGCUUGUCUCUCACAUCAGGACCUCUUUUGAAGGUCAGCCGGACCACGUUCUCAGGGCCAAGGAGGCGCCUGCUGCUUUAUUUGCAGACCUCCUGGAUCGAGCACUGAGAGUCAACACAACGGCUCACGCCAGUGCGAACUUCCUUCACAACCACGCCAAUCGAACUCAGAUGUAUCUUGACUUCAUCACAUACGUGCGGCCCAGGAAGAUUGCGCAAUCCGUGCCAGUGGAGGCCAUGGAGGACGUUGUCUACCUGCUCGUGUCAGAGAUCAGAGAGCUCCUGGACCCCAGAGAUGUUCCAUGGGACCUCGAAGGCUGCACAGUUCAAGGUGACUUCUAUAUCCGGAACCGCAACCCCGAGCAAGUCGACAAUGAAGGUGCUGUUGAGGCGUCCAAUCUUCUCGAUCGUUGGGUUGAGCUGCUGAAGUCCUUGUCCUCUCGAUUUCCGUACGCCUCUGCAGGAGAUAUUGUUCUGUUCACCCAGGCCAUUGGUACGACCAUGAUGAGGGAUCUAACCAUCAAUAGCGCCGAGAGUUUUGGCGCCUGGUGGUGUCUGAAGUGCUGGAUUGACGAGAUGAUCUGGUUCCUGGCUGAGAAAGGCGGAUUCAUGCAGCAGACGACAACUCGAGCCAUUGUCUCAGCGAAACGAAAGAGCCAGGGCGAACCAGAGGGCGCGGAGGCGCGAAAAACAAUGCGAUUCAGCACUGGCAGUGGUCCUGAGGACCCGAUUAUGACGUUGAUGGAGAAUUCGCAGCAAGUUCUUGCACCACUGACCCCGAGCCUACAAAACGAAAAUCAGCAUGUUGUGGUCGACAUGCAUGCUGCUAACUACGAUGAUAGCGGCAUCAGCCUCCGCAUGUCCGGAGAGGAUUCUCCCAUGAGCAAGUUCACCUCGCAGAUGGACAGUCAGAGGGUGCACGACGGGGGCCAAACCGUCACUGGUGGGCUGCGGUGA